UUUUUCAUCAGGUACUGUAGUGAUAAUUUAGUAUUAUUGUAAAAAUGGCGACGAUGGAGGGUUCGUUGAGUAAGUGGACCAACGUUAUGAAAGGGUGGCAGUAUCGGUGGUUUGUGUUGGAUGACAAUGCUGGAAUAUUAUCCUAUUAUACGUCACGGGAGAAGAUGAUGCGAGGGGUACGUCGUGGCUGUGUCCGACUGAAGGGGGCGGUGAUUGGCAUCGAUGAUGAGGAUGAUAGCACCUUCACCAUCACCGUUGACUCCAAGACCUUCCAUUUCCAGGCACGUGAUGCUGAGGAACGGGAGAAGUGGGUGCGCUGUCUUGAGGAUACCAUACUGCGUCAUGCAUACGGUGGCUACAAGAGCACUGGUUCUUUAAGGCUUGAUACGGUGAAGCCAGCUCCGACAAUUCAAGACUUUGACAAGAAACUUGCAGAGGCAGAUGCCUAUCUACAAAUUCUCAUUGACCAAACCAAGGCCUUGGAGCUGAGGAUGGAGCCCAUGUCUGACGCAGAUGACAAGGCCCGUUGUGAGGCAAUCUGGAACCAUGCCAACAACAUGUUGGAACAAGUGAAACACACCAUAGUGCUGUUACAAAUAGCGAAGAACACAGCAUUUCCUGUGAACGGAAGCUACCAGCCUGUUACUGUGCCUGACUUGUCACCUAAAGCAAUCUCUCCAGGUUCUAUCAGUCUAAAUCUCCCCUCGGACAUCCAACCAGGCAUUGAGCUUGGAGCCGAGUGUAUCGAGCCCAGAAUUAUCUCCUCGAUGCCUCUCCAGUGUCCUCCCAUCAUGCAAGUGUUUGGUGCUGGUCUCACUUCUCGGGCCGCCGUUCCUCCCGUGCUGAAUGUUCCUGAGACUUCAUACUCAAGUUCUGAGGAAGAAGAUUUCUAUGACGCCAACGACAACAGUGAACUUGCCAGUCCCACCUCGUCUCCCACCUCUACCCGACCUGAGCCGCUGGCUUAUGAGGCGGGUGGGCCCAGUGGCGAGAUGCCGGCGGAGAGGAGAGAGAGUCCCUCCACCCCUCCCGCUGUGCUGCAGCGUGCCUCCUCCACCAAUUUUCUCAAGCCUGAUGGAACCCUCGACUACGAUGCCUUAUAUGAAGACCCAAAUGAAAGUGACAUAUCAAUGGAGAGCCAGGGGUCGGUGGUGACCCAUUUGUUAUCCCAAGUAAAGAUCGGUAUGGACCUGACCAAGGUGGUGCUCCCGACUUUUAUCUUAGAGAGGCGAUCACUGCUGGAGAUGUAUGCCGACUACUUCGCUCACCCUGACAUGUUUGUCAGGAUAGCAGACUUGGAGUCAGAAAGGGACCGGAUGGUGCAGGUAGUAAGAUGGUACCUAGCAUCAUACCAUGCUGGCCGCAAGUCUUCUGUCGCCAAGAAACCGUAUAACCCAGUACUGGGAGAAGUGUUCCAGUGUUACUGGGACCUGCCUCAGGCUCCGGCCACAUCCUCCCAGCCCCUGGUCAAUGACGGGCCGGUCCCCUGGUGUCACCGGGACCAACUCACUUUCGUCGCUGAGCAAGUCUCCCACCAUCCUCCCAUCUCAGCAUUUUACGCCGAACACUACAAUAAGGGUAUCAGCUGUCAGGCAUAUGUGUGGACCAAGUCCAAGUUCCUGGGUCUCUCGAUAGGAGUUCACAACAUCGGCCGCGGCACCGUCAACCUGCUCAAGUACAACGAACAGUACACCUGCAGCUUUCCCAAUGGUUAUGGAAGGUCGAUAUUGACUGUGCCCUGGAUCGAACUGGGCGGCUCCGUGGUGAUCGAGUGCGAGAAGACUGGCUACAGAGCAAACAUAGAGUUCCUGACCAAGCCCUUCUAUGGUGGCAAGAAGCAUCGCAUCACAGCUGAUGUGUUCGGACCCCAGGAGAAGAAGCCCUUCCUGAGUAUUACCGGAGAGUGGAAUGGUGUAAUGGAAGCAAAGUGGUCAGAUGGUAGGACUGAGCAGUUCAUAAACGUAGACAAUUUAACAAUCACUAAGAAAAUAGUCCGUCCAGUGGAGCAACAAAAAGACAAUGAGUCAAGAAGGUUAUGGAAGGAGGUAACUGCAGGAUUAAGAUUAAAUAAUGUUUCGCAUGCAACGAAUGCCAAGUGUGAAAUUGAGCAGCGACAGAGAAUAGAGGCACAGAGAAGAAAAGAUGCUAACGUGUCUUGGCAAACCAAGCUGUUCCAGCUGGUGGAAGGUACGGACAAGUGGCUGUACAACAAUCCCCUUGAGAAGAGAGUGUCAGUUAACCGAUAGUGACUUGUGUACCUGGCAGUAACUGCACGCAUGCAGCCCUAUUCUACCAACAUACACCUACCGUAUUUUUUACAGAUUCGGCACAAUUUGUAAAACAAAUUAUCUACAAAUGUAUCAAUCAACAUCCAAUUUGUAUCGAAAUAAAAUUUCUUUUCUACGACCACAUUAUAUUUUUAUAUUUGUUUCGGCAGUCCAGUAUUUACACCAAGAAUCGUGCGGUCCCGUCUCGUAGUUGUUAGACAAUCGCUUACUGUAUGUAGCUUUACUAUAUAGUACGUUAAUUAGUCUAUAUGAGUCUAUUUUUUGCACUUGUUUAUCGUAGACAAAACUGAAAUUAUUCACGGCAAGUGUAAAAUUACUGUCCGAAAGUUGUUUUGUAAAGAAUAUUGUAUAGUAAGAUUAAGUUAUUUAUACAGUAAUAUUGUGAGCUACGAUAUUUUCUACGCUUCAUUGCUUGUAUUGAAAUCUACACAUUUUCAGAGAUUUAUUGUCUACUUAUUUGAACCCGAGAGCAAAACAUUUGUAAAGACUGUUAUAGAUUUGUUUUUAACUGUAGUUAUUAAAGUAAAAUUAAUUAAUAGUAAAGUUUGUUACAUCUAAGUGCUGUGCAUAUAUAAACUUUUAGGGUGCUGUAACGUCAUUGUUUCUGUUUUGUAUUAUUCAACAACUCUUACACCUGCAGUUGUAGCUUUCACACCAACUACGCUACAAUCAAUUUCUGAUUUUUUUUCUGCUUUCUAGCAGAUAAAUUGGUGACUAUAAAGUGCAUUUUGGUCCUUUUUCUCUUUAGCUGCCAAUUUAAAGAAAAUUUGUUACUAUAUGCUCUGGCUUGCUGCCUAAUUUAUAAAGUGUAUAUAAACCUUGUUAUUUAUACCGUUGAGGGAACAAUAAUUAUGGUAUAUCAUGUUCACAGAGAAAUAUAAAACUUGCAUAGAAGUUGGAAUUUCCAGCAGCCAACAAGUCACUUAUUCUAGUUUUUAAGUUUUACAUUCAAAAUUAAACCUCAGCCUUACAGUGAACUGUUCUAAGAAGCGUUUGUAAUCAAUAUGAUUGGUAGCUGAUAGAUGUAAGUAACCAUAUUUUACCAAUUAAAGUUGUCAACGCUUUUGUACAUUCCUUGUAGAUAUUGUUGUACCACAGAAGGGCUUCACAAGGGUUUACGGUAAUCGUAUAUGUAAAGGUUAACGAUUGGGAUUGCUUGUCAUUUUUACCCUUAUCAUUAAACGGGGUCCAUCCAGGUCGGUUUCGAUUUGUUUUUUGUAAUUUAUAAUAAAUACUUUGUUACUUCGAUGCGAAAGUCUUAUUUUGCAUACUAAGCUCGUAUUUAAUACAAAGUAUUUCUGUGUUUUGUACGUAUAAAGUGAAGAGCUUAUAAAUUAAGCGCAUGUACAUAACUUUAUAAACAUAUUAAUAUAUUAAAAUCUUGCCAAAACUG